CGCUCACUCCCACCCCCUCCCACUCACUCACACACUAACUCACAACACUCUCACACUCAUUCACCCGACUCCCACACUCACUCACACCACUGCCACACUCAUUCACAACACUCACCCCACUCCCACACUCACUCACACCCACUCACACCACUCCAACACUCACUCACACCCAUUCACACCACUCCUACACUCACGCACACCACUCCCACACUACUCAAUCACUCACUCACAACUCACCCCACUCCUACACUAAACUCUCACACUAAUUCAACGACUCCCACACUCACUCACACCACUGCCACACUCACUCACAACACUCAACCCACUCCCACAAUCAUUGACAUCACUCCCACACUCACCUCACUCACACACUCAGUCACACCACUCACAACAUUCUCACACACUCACUCACAUUACACCCACACUCACCCACUCCACUCCAACACUCACAGCAUCCAUCACUCACUCACUCCCACCACUCUAACACUCACUCCUACCAGUCACACCACUCGCAUCACUCACACCACUCCCACCACUCACAGACCACUCCCACACUCACUCACACCUCUCUUACGCUCACUCACACCACUCCCAUACUCACUCACACCUCUCAACACAUCCCCACACUCGUUCACACCACUCCCACACUCACUCACACCUCUCACUCCACCCCCACACUUGUUCACACCACUCUCACUACUCACCGCACUCCUCCGCUCACACACAACCCUCAGUCCACUCCGACGCUCACUCCCACCCCUCACCCCACUCCCACAUUCACUCCCACUCACUCACCCAACUGCCAUACACUCACACCACUCACAACACUCUCACACUCAUUCACCCGACUCCCACACUCACUCACACCACUCACCCCACUCCCACACUCACUCACCUCACUCAUACCACUCCACACCCACUCACACCACUCCCACACUCACUCACACCACUCCUCCACUCACUCACACCACUCCCACACUCACGCACACCACACACCCGAGACCCACACUCAUUCACACCACUCCCACACUCGCUCACCCCACUCCCACACUCACUUACACCAAUCCCAUACUCAUUCACACCACUCCCCCCACUCCCAAACUGACUUGCCCCAGUCUGUCACUGUGUUGCCUUAAGGCAUUACAUUUAGUUUUUUGAAUUUUAAGUUUUUGAAAAUAAUCUAGUUAAUUAUAAAAGUUAAUAAUUGCUUUACAGUUUACCAAAUAAUUUGUUAAAAUCAUUUAAUUUGUUUGUGUCAUGUGAUGUCGGCACUUCCUGUUUUGUUACUUCCUGGUUGGUAUGUUAAAGAACGAAACUCUGUUUGCAGUGCAAUCAGAGCUGAAAACUAUCCAAGCCAAUCGGCUAAGAAAGUUCAUAGAAGCAAUGUCGUAAGUUUAUUUAUAUAGAAGUGGACAUGUUGAAUAUCCAUUAUUGAUUAUGAUUCUGUCUAAAGAGGAGAAAAUAUAAUGUUUAAUACGUUAAUUUAAGCCAACUAUUUUUAAGCAUGUAGGCUACAAGCUAACCUUUACUGUGAAGCUAUGCUAAUCGCGAUGCUAAUUGUUAUGCUAACUUUAUUUUUGUUUAGACAGCAAUUUAUGUGAAUUUAAAUAAUAGUUUACAAUGAAAGUAUGCUGUAAUAAAUGACAGAGACUGAUUAUA